GUUCCAGCAAUCACAGGACAUGUGAAAUACGAUUCCAAAACAUCACAACGUCGGUGAUGAGCUCGGGCUCCAAACUCUCGCGAACGUGAAUAAACGUUAGUGCAUUAUGCACACGCGGAUUUCACGAGUUAUUGGCUUCGGGAAUGACUAUAGCCGAGCCGGAUUCUGAUAAGAAGCUCGAAUGAGUCAGUUCGCGACUUGUAACAAUUGUUGACAUAGCACACUCACCGACGAAUAUAUACUUAUGGCAGGCCGUCUCGCACAGGUGUCCGGUCACCUCAGCAAUGCACAUGGACGCGGGCUUCUCUCUGGAGAGGUAGCUAUCAUUACUGGUAGCGGACAGGGUAUCGGGCGCAGCGCAGCGCUGCUGUUCGCAAAGGAAGGCGCCAAGGUUGUAGUCAGCGAUAUUGACGCCAAGAAGGCUGCGGACGUAGUGAACGAGAUCAAGGCGGCAGGUGGCGACGCAAUAUACGUCGCAGGAGAUGUUGGAGCAGACGACUUCCCACAGACAAUCGUGGACGCAACUGUAAAGCAGUAUGGCAAGAUUAACCACAUCGUGAACAACGCUGGUUUCACACACGACAAGAUGAUUCACACCAUGCCAGACGAGACAUACGACGUUAUCAUGAAAAUCCACGUCCGCGCACCCUUCCGCCUUAUUCGUGCUGCUGCACCUUAUUUCCGAGUCAAGAGCAAUACGCCUGAAAACCGUUCUAUCAUUAACGUUUCUUCGACGUCUGGUUUGCAUGGAAAUGUUGGCCAAGCAAAUUACGCUGCUGCAAAAUCUGCGGUUGUAGGUCUCACCAAGACUAUUGCAAAGGAGUGGGGACCAUUUGGUGUUCGUGCGAAUACCAUUGCAUUUGGCCUCGUGCACACUCGGUAUGACAUGUCGAACUUUCACACUAGAUUGCACCUGACAAUAUGCAGGUUGACCGCAGCAAAAGAGGACGGUGCAACCAUUGAGAUUGACGGCCAGAAGGUUGCACUGGGCAUUCCCGGAGCAAGGCAGCGCGCUAUUUCUCAGAACGUUAGUGCUUUCGUGGAUAUUCCUCUGCAGAGAGGUGCCACUGCGGACGAGGCAGCCGCAGGCAUGCUUUUCCUUGCUUCACCGCUUGCGUCGUACGUGUCUGGCCAUACGCUGGAGGUGACAGGCGGGCGAGGAAUCUAAUGUCGCAUUCUAUCUCAUAGCAACCAUAUGCUGUGCAGUUGUAUUGUUUUGCGACGUUUCUUCAUUGCUAGUAGGACUCUAUUGGAACUUCAGACAAUUCACAAACGGAACGAUUAUCCACUAAACGUAUCGUUCUCAUGUCUUGUACUGAUGAGUACAGCGAGGGAAGUGAUAGGUCCAUCGGCAAUCUCACCUGGUAGAGCCAAGUACUCUAGAAAUUGAAAGUAAAAGUUGGGUGGCACGUGUGCUCCAUUUCAGAAGUGUCGCACAACUAUUUUCUUCGCAGAUCGGACUAUGUGCCGUCCUGCUCUGUG